UAUUGUAUUUGUUUAAGUAAAACGACGAGUUUUGAUAGUAUAACGCGCUACGACGUGACGUGUUGCUAACCGAUCGCUUUCUGUGUAACACCAGCGGUUGCUUAGCAACCGUUUGACGCAAGGAACCAUGUCUAACUUUGUUUUAGCAGGGAAGGCAGAUUGUCCUUAUUACGCCAAAGCUGAGCUUCUAGCAGAUUUGCUACAAAGCAUCCUGCCUGAUUUCCACAUUCACAAGAUGUGCAUGCUGCCCAGUUCCUGGGAGACUUGGCUUGAAGACACUUGCUCAUCUAAUGGCUGGAAACACCAGAGCAGCCCCAUGGUGUGGAGGGAACUGACUGGCCGUGGAGGAAAGGGAGCGCUUCUCGGAGGAUUUAGUGAUUUUCUUGAAUACGUGCAGGGUUACUACGGUAUCACAUCAGACAUGAACACAGAGCAGAUGCUGAACAUCGCAGCAGAGAACCUUCAGGCAACAGAACUCCAUCUUCAGGAUGAAGACAGACGUCGCAAACUCCACCGAUCCUUCCACAUCUGGAUCAGCAGUGCUUUAAACCCCAUCUGCUACCACCUCGUCCCAUUACUCUUCACAUCCGGCACAUUCGCCGCCGUCCCCAGCAUCAGCCUCCACCUUCUGGACAAAGAUGCCAACGAAGACACUCUGUUGGCUCUUAAAAUGGAGGUCGAGGACAUGGUUCUGCCGCAGCUUCACCAAGUCACCGUCCACUCCGACCUGAAUCAGGCCUUCCAGUCAGCAGAUCUGAUCGUGCUCCUGGACGACCAGGAACCGAGCGAGGACCCGGAAGAGCGGCUGAGCCGAGUGGUGGAGCGAUACCAUCACUACGGACGUCUGAUCGAGGAAAACGCGCAAAAGGAUCUACGAGUGCUGGUGGCAGGAGACGUCGCCAUCAACUUGAAGUGUGGCCUCCUGAUCGAGAACGUGCCCUCUGUGGAUCCACGCCGCUUUGUGGCGAUGGCAACGCAGCUGGAAGGAGAAGCGAGGACUCAGCUCGCCAUGCAGCUAUCAGUGAAAAACCACGAUAUCACCGAUGUCAUCGUUUGGGGAAACAUCAGCGGUCAUUUCCACAUCGACCUGCAGCGAGCGAAGGUGUACAGAUAUAAAGGUGCCAUCUGGGGACCUGAAGAUUUCUCUCACAGCGUCUUGGAGAUGAUUUAUGACAAUAAAUGGCUGAACAACAAGUUCCCGUACUCGGUCGGGUCGCGUCGAGGUGCCGUUUCUCUCAAAACGAACAGGGCUACAGCUAUUUCAGCAUCCCAAGCAAUCAUUACAGCCGUGAACGCGUGGAUGAACGACUCGUCUCCUCGGAUAUUCUCACUGGGCGUGAUCAGUACAGGGCACUUCGGAAUUCCCACCGGUCUGAUAUUUUGCGUUCCCGUGACCUUUCAGAAGGGCGAGUGGUCGGUGUGCGAAGACGUCGUCAUCACCGAAAGGCUGCAGAAAGAACUGGAGGCUGCAGUGAAGGAGAUCACGGCGGAGAAGACUUUUGCAGCUGGAAUAAGGAUGUAAACAUCUGUCGCCUGGAAUCAGCAUCAUCUUUAUUCUAAUGAAUCUGAAUCUUAAAGAGCAUCACAAUGACAAGGUUUUUUGUUUUUUUUUUAAAAAUAAAUAAAUUUUUGCUUCA